AUGUGUCUUUCAACAGAAUCAUUUGAUUACUCGACUGCUCGCGCAAGCAUUUUUCAACUUUUGAAUGCCCUAGGCAGCCUCAUAGCAAACCAGAAGCUCCAGACUGAACUAUACAUUCUGUCAUUCUUGCUCAAAAAUCGAGUUUAUCCUGGUGAUCUUUGGGAACUAGUCGGGGAGCGCAGCAUAGAGGCGAAGCAAGAGGAAACUUUGCGACACCAUCAGAGCAUAUGUGCUAACGGGCAUGCCGGAAGGCAUGCGGCUGUCGAACAAAUUCUCUUAGACGAGAGGAAGAGACAGUGUCAGAUGGAGGUGUCUUUGUACACCCAGGCAAUUGAAGUCUUGGAUCAACAUUGGUUGUCACGUUUUGGUGCUCGAUCCAAGCAUUUCAUCAGGCCUCCCUUGAGGCAAACGAUCGCUCCCAUGGACCAUCUACCUCUUCCGUGCACACCUUUGGCCUGCUCGAUAUCAGUGCGAGAGAUGUGUGAAGUUUGGCGGACGAGCCACGAUGCCCAUUUCGUGCCAACUGUAACAUCUUUGACAGAAGUGUUAUCACCUCUGAGCAGCUCCAUUUCCUCAUGUACUGGCCCCUCAUUGCCCCUCUCGAGUACAUGGGUCACCGUCGAUGUCCAGAAAUCUUUCUAUGAGUCAUUCAAGCAGGAACUGACCAUACAGGCGGAGCUGAUGGUGACAUCCCUGGCCACCAGACACAGCAAUGCCUACCUGCGCAACCUUGCAUUAGAUUUGCUCAUCUUGCAGGCCAAGAGGCGCUGUGCCCACGCUGAGAUAGCGCUAUAUACAAUGGCCAUCGAUAAUAUAUUGAGUACAACAAAUCAUGCUCCAUUUCAUGCUAAUGAUACCGCAGUGCACCACCGCCCUGACGAUGAGAAUAGUGAGGAUGACGCAGAGGAGAGUUGCGGAGACUAUGAAGAUUACAAAGACAAUGAAGACUGUGAAAGCUACGGCUCGGAAGACUGCGAGGACCUCAACAUGCAGUGA